UUUGGGCUUUCUACGGGGAAAGAGGAGUGUAGCUGGCAGUGCUGGGAGGGUUCUAGUUGAUGUUGCUGCUCCUGGGCCGCAGGCUUUCGCUGUCAUUCGUACACAGACUCACCACCUGCUGUCCACCAUCACUGUCGAGUUCUGUACUAAUAAAACUCAGAGCGAUAACUAGAGUCCCACACAACACCGUCUUCGUUAGCGCAGCCAGACAAAAUACAGUAACCAUGCCCGAGAGGAGGCCCUUCGUACGGUUACCAACUGACGUUUACCCCGUCAACUAUGGCUUGUGUCUGAAGCCCGACCUGAUCGACUUCACUUUUGAAGGCAAGCUGGAGGCUGUGGUGGAGGUUACACAAGCCACUAAUCAGAUUGUGAUGAACUGUGCUGACAUCGACAUCAUCACAGCUUCCUUUGUACCACAGGGAGGAGAAGAAAUCAAUGCCACAGGAUUCAACUAUCAAAAUGAGGAUGAGAAAGUCACCCUGUCAUUUCCUAGCUCUUUACAGAAAGGCUCUGGCUCGUUGAAGAUAGACUUUGUCGGCGAGCUGAAUGACAAAAUGAAGGGAUUCUAUAGGAGUAAAUAUACAUCCACUACUGGAGAGAUCCGCUACGCUGCUGUCACACAGUUUGAGGCCACGGACGCUCGCAGAGCUUUCCCCUGUUGGGAUGAGCCAGCUAUAAAAGCCACCUUUGACAUCUCUCUGAUAGUUCCCAAGGACCGAGUAACCUUGUCAAAUAUGAAUGUCAUUGAUCGAAAGCCAUAUCCAGAGGAUGAAAACCUUGUGGAAGUGAAGUUCGCCACCACGCCCAUCAUGUCCACGUACCUUGUAGCUUUUGUCAUCGGUGAAUAUGACUUUGUGGAGAGCCAGUCGUCAGACGGUAUAACGGUACGCGUCUACACGCCUGUCGGGAAGGCAGAACAAGGGAAAUUUGCACUGGAGGUUGCGACUAAGACCUUACCUUUCUACAAAGACUACUUCAAUGUUCCUUAUCCACUGCCUAAAAUCGAUCUCAUAGCUAUUGCUGAUUUUGCUGCCGGUGCCAUGGAAAACUGGGGCCUUGUUACCUACAGGGAGACGGCACUGCUAAUCGACCCCAAGAACUCCUGCUCGUCCUCCAGGCAGUGGGUGGCGCUGGUGGUCGGACACGAACUCGCCCACCAGUGGUUCGGAAACUUGGUCACCAUGGAAUGGUGGACCCAUCUGUGGCUUAAUGAGGGAUUUGCAUCCUGGAUCGAGUAUCUGUGCGUGGAUCACUGCUUCCCAGAGUACGACAUCUGGACCCAGUUUGUCUCAGCCGACUACACCCGCGCUCUGGAACUGGACGCGCUGGACAGCAGCCAUCCCAUAGAGGUGAACGUGGGCCAUCCGUCGGAGGUAGAUGAAAUCUUUGACGCCAUCUCCUACAGCAAAGGAGCGUCUGUGAUCCGCAUGCUGCACCACUACACAGGCGACGAGGACUUUAGGAAAGGAAUGAACGCCUAUCUUUUGAAGUUCCAACACAAAAAUGCUUCGACAGAGGACCUAUGGGAUUGUCUGGAACAAGCCAGUGGAAAGCCAAUCGCUGCAGUGAUGAGCUCGUGGACCAAGCAGAUGGGCUUCCCGAUAAUAGAAGUGGACCAGGAGCAGCAAGGUGACGACCGCAUCCUCAAGAUAUCUCAGAAGAAGUUCUGUGCCAGCGGACCACAUGAUGGUGAGGAUUGCCCCAGCUGGAUGGUCCCCAUUAGUGUUUGUACCAGCGAGGACCCCAAAUGCACCAAGCUCAAGGUUCUGCUGGACAGACCCGAUACGACCAUCACCCUGAGUGGCGUCGCCCCCGACCAGUGGGUCAAGAUUAACCCCGGCACUGUGGGCUUCUAUCGCAUCCAGUACAGCUCGUCCAUGCUGGAGAGCCUGCUGCCCGGCGUCAGAGACCUCAGCCUGCAGCCUGUGGACCGACUCGGCCUGCAGAACGAUCUCUUCUCCCUGUCUCGCGCAGGGAUGAUCAGCACAGUGGAGGUGCUGAAGCUGAUGGAGGCGUUUGUCAACGAACCCAACUACACGGUGUGGAGCGACCUCAGCUGCAACCUGGGAGUGUUGUCCUCGCUGCUGUCCCACACCGACUUCCACGAGGAGAUCCAGGAGUUCAUCCGGGACCUCUUCACCCCCAUCGGCCUGGAGCUCGGCUGGGACUGCAAACCAGGGGAAGGCCACCUGGACGCCCUGUUGAGAGGUCUGGUUCUGGGGAAGCUGGGGAAGGCAGGACACAAGCCCACACUGGAGGAGGCCCGGCGGAGAUUCAGGGACCACGUGGAGGGAAAGCAGAACCUGCCUGCAGACCUCCGGAGCCCGGUGUAUGUAACAGUGCUGAAGCACGGAGACAGUGCCACAUUGGAAACGAUGCUGAAGCUCCACAAACAAGCAGACAUGCAGGAGGAGAAGAACCGUAUCGAGCGAGUGCUGGGCGCCAUCUCUGCCCCCGACCUCAUCCAGAAAGUCCUCAGCUUCGCCCUCUCGGAAGACGUUCGUCCCCAGGACACGGUGUCAGUAAUCGGGGGCGUGGCGGGAAGCAGUAAACAAGGGCGGAAAGCUGCCUGGAAGUUUGUCAGGGACAACUGGGAGGAGCUUUACAACCGUUACCAGGCCGGCUUCCUCAUAUCACGGCUCAUCAAGCUCACAGUUGAUGGAUUUGCAAUCGAUAAAAUGGCUGCUGAAGUGAAGAGUUUCUUUGAGAGUCACCCGGCGCCCGCGGCCGAGCGUACGGUGCAGCAGUGCUGCGAGAACAUCCUCCUCAACGUCGCCUGGCUGAAGCGGGACGCAGACGACAUCCAGCAGUAUCUACUGCAGCGCAAAGCCCCCCCCGUCUGAGCCGCAGCCUCAUCCAACCCCCCCUCCCCUCCUCCUCUCCCCUCCCUCCAGCCGCGGACCUCCCCAGCAUCAUAGCUGCCUCCUCCCCCACCCCCCCACCCUCUCACUACAGACCGGAGCUGGAGACCAGAGCGUACUUACAGCAGGCUUCAUUUCUCUUUAAGAAACUAUCUGAAACAAGAAGGCAAAGCCAAGAAUUUAACUAAGUGUUGGAACCGCAAAGAGACUGUUUCUACGUUAACGAAGCAAAUUCAUUUUAGACCAGGAAUGUAGUUUUACCCCCAUUCUGCCCUCGAGCAGACGACACUCCCGCCUGUCAACAAGUAACGGAAUAACAAAAAAUAAAAAAAAAAGCAGAAACACCACCGCGUCCCUCGGAAACGAUCGCCGACCCUGCUCACGCACUCUGCAUCACCUGCCCCGUAUGCACCAAUCUCUGCGUCGUAGCUGAGAAAAACUGUGACUCCUCCCCCCUCCUUUUCUUUCCCUUCUGCCACUCUUUUUAAAUGCAUGAAGUGUGAUUUUUUUUUUUUUUUUUUUUUUUCUGCAUUUGCUGCUUUCGUUUGACUUCGGUUUGUUUUCUGUACAAACAAAGUAUUUGAUUUUUUUUAUUUUAAUUUUUUGCCCCACCCCUCUCUCAGUUAGUCCAUUCACACCUUCACCCCCUCUUCCUUCUCUUUCGGGCGCUGUGAUUGGGUGAAAGCAGACGGCACCCUGGGCAGAAUGGGGUUAAUAGCAGUAUUGUGUGUUGUGUAGUUUCCAACAGCAGCAGCACUGAUUCUCCGUUUGCUAAUUAACAGUUAGGACGAGGCGAGCAGCGCUAGCAUGGUACUACAUCGUAAACUGUAUAAUGCAAGCAUUUUUUUUUUUUUUUUUUUGCAAAACGAUGUUCCUUUUUAAACAAGAAUUACAUGGAAAAGUUCAUAGUUACCCAUUCCCCUCCGUCGAAACCCCCUCGAAGCUCUGUUCACUCAGAGUUUGUAUAGUUUCAAAUCAUCAACAAGCAUAUUUAAACUCACCCCUCCCCCCGUUUCUUUAUCUGCCACCCUCGAUGAAAUGUGUUUUUAUAAGACAUCAGAUGCAGUGAUUUAUUUAAAUGUUGAGAUAAUCUUAUAUUCUAAGGAGAGAGAAAGAGGGAAAAAAAUGAAAAAGAAAUAAAAAAAAAAAGAUCACUACGCUACUCUUCGGGGCCUUUUUUCACUCCGAUUACCGUCAGGAACCUCCUCUGAAUAAGGGUUGAGAGUCCGCCGAGGCCCGGUUGGGACUUUUUCGUUGACGUGGCAGAUCGACUUGACUCCGUUGUCAAACUCGGAAGCCUUAAAUCGGUCCGACUUGUUUGCAGUACAUAUUUAACACUGAAGUGGUGAUAAUAGGCGAUUUCCACAUAACGUCAAAUGGAUCUAAUGCGACAGAUUAUGCAGACUUGUUGAACGAGUAUAUCUAUAUAGGAUUUACAAUUUGAUGUGGUUUUUUUGAAAACAUACCGACCGACCAAUCCAUCCAACCUGUUGUCGAGACUCCCUCCCCCUUCCCCCCCCCCUCCUCUGGAACAUUUGUUGUUUUUCUUUUGUUUCUUUUUUGUUUUAAACUACAGUUGGUGUUCAUUAAAGUGAAAAAAGGAUUUUAAAAACCAAA